UACACAGAUAAAAAUUAUUUACAAAAUUAUUAAUUUCAAUAUAUGUAUAUGUAGUUUGUUUUUAUAAUCUUACUUCAGAUUGCUCAAAAUCGAAUUUUCACCAUUUACGCUGACCUAUCUUAACUGCAUAACUCAGAAGAGUAGCGGCAGCGACCGAACAGUGUUUUAUCAUUCUUUUUCAGAGAACCUGAGAAUACCACUUAGAAUAAUUUAGAAUUAUAUAUACGGGAAAAAAAGGAAUGACCUGGUGAAUUCCAGCACUUGAAGUUUAUAUUUGAUUACAAAAAAAAAUUCUUUCCUUUUCAUCAAUGAGUCUACGCGGAAUCGCUUUGGUUAAGAAACAAUUUUUUUCUAAAAGCUUUUGCUCUACUACAAUCAGAUAUAAUGUGAAACCCGAUGGCUUUCGUCGUUUUUGGAAAAACACAUCCGUCUCCAAUGAGGAUGGAAAAACAGUUGUGAAAUUGGAUGGACGAUCUUUAAAAACACCUAACGGCAAAGUAUUGGAAAUUCCUACUACUAUGCAGCCUUUGGCUCAUUUAGUCGCCCUUGAGUGGGAUCGUUUGCCUACAAGUUCGAUUCGUCCUCAUAUGCUUCCUGUUACAUCGCUUUUCUCGAGAGCGAUGGACGUAUCAGAGAUAGAAAGUGAAAGGGAAAAGGUUUUUGACCAAGUUUCAAAGUUUAUUGAUACUGAUACCGUUUUGGUUUACGCACCUACUGAAGAGUAUGAAGGAAAACUUCUCAAAGAACAGAUAAAGAAGUGGCUUCCGUUAAAGAAGGCAUUUGAAGAAAAGUUUGACGUUCAAUUGAAUCAUCUAGAUGGCGAUUGUGGGCUCAUCGCAUGCAAACAAUCUGCUGAAACGCAUAAUAAGAUUCAGAAAUGGUUGAGUUCAUUAAAUGCUUGGCAAUUGGCCGCCUUCGAACGAUGUGUUGCCUCAAGUAAAAGCUUUAUUUUGUCAGCGCUACUACUUCAAGGCGAGUUAUCAACUGAGGAAGUAGUUGAACUAACAAACUUGGAACUUUGCUUCCAAACGAAUAAAUGGGGUACUUUAGAAGAUGUACAUGAAAUGGAUCACCAUGAUUUGAGACAAAAAGUUUCAAGUUCAGCACUAAUUUUUCGAUUUGCAAACACCCCCAACUAAAUAAUGAUACAGAAUUUUUUCUUUCAGAUUGUUCUUCAGUUGCCUCUUUCAUACAAAAAAAAGCUAGUAGAAAAAUCCCUUGCGUAAACGCUAUUUUGAGAAUCUUAAUAGAAAUUAAAUAGAAAUUAUUAAAAAGGAUGAGCAAAGAUUAUAUAA